GCACAGGUGGACUGACUUGUUCCAGAGAAUCUUAACUGCAGGUGUUAACUUGAGUGUUGGCAAAAGGAAAGUUAGGCAUUGCAUUGGAUACUAUUGGGGGCUGUCACUCCUCAGAUCGUUCGGACGGUAUGUCUACGUUUUCAGCCUACGAAUCGCCGGACUCUAGGCAAUUUACUUAGUGUUGGCGUUAUCAGUACUUUGCGGAUAGGAGAGACCGAAGUUGGGCCCCACUUCUACCGGACAACCGAACGAGAAAAAUGUCGGGACAGGUCGUCUUGUUGGGGCUGAUACUACUGAGAGUUAUGGUGUGUGAAUGUUUACAGUUUUUGGAUUCCCCUGCCUCACUUACAUCUAUGGAGGGAACGGGGACCAGGUUGCCUUGCCAGUUCAGACUGCAGGGGGAGGAGCAGGUGGUCCAGGUCACCUGGUCAAGAAUGAGGCCAGGUGGGGCAGAGGAGCAUAUCAUCAUGGCACACAUUACAGAGGGGACGAAAGAGUUUCCUGGUUUUGUGGAUCAUGUGCAGUUUGAAAAUGUCACACCUUUGCACGACUGCACUCUUCUGAUCCGAAACUCGAAGGAGUCGGACGAGGCCAAGUAUACCUGCCACAUUUCCACCUUCCCAUCCGGAAACUUCGAAAAACGCAUCCAGCUCACAGUCUGGAUGGUUCCCAUAGCCUCAGUGGAGCCCGUGACCUUGACGGAGGGGAACACGUUCCAAGUGGCCGCUACCUGUCGUGCCGUGGGCCGCCCCAAGCCACAGGUUGCCUGGGACACAGAUGUGCCCGGCCAAUCACAAGCCAAAACCAUAGAAGGCGGCAAGGUCAUCUUGACCUUCUCCGUGCACCCCUUGCGAAACAUGAACGGACGUCCUUUAGACUGUUUGGUUUCACACCCGGCUCUGAAGGAACCCAAGAGGGUCAGGAACAACCUGAAUGUGCAGUAUCCUCCAAACGCAGUGAUUACUGGUUAUUCUGAGGAGUGGCAUGUCGGUAAAACAGGAGCUGGGCUCAGGUGUGAGGGCGGAGGGAACCCCAAAGCGCAGCACUUCACAUGGACCAGGGAUGGUGGAGCUUUGCCAAGUGGAGCCUCCGCAGAGGGGCCAAGGCUGGUGUUCAAAUGGCCCCUGAACUUGACCGACAGCGGCCUGUACGAAUGUGUCGCCACAAACGUUGUCGGGUCAUCAAAAACGGAGGUUGCGGUCGUGUUGCCAGGUACUGCAAAAGCGGGGUCUCCUGCUGCCAUAUUUGGUGAUAAUCAAAUGUUUGUCAUAGUGGGCGUGGUAGCAGGGGCGCUGGUCGUUGUCAUGGUGAUCGUCGUGUUUGUAGUGCGCCAUCACCACAGACGCAAAAACAGGAGGCUGAAGAGGGCGCUGAGUCAGAAGACGAUAGAGAUGGACAACCUCUCCAGACACGCUUCCAUAAGGAGACUUAAUUCUGCACAGAGUGAACACUAUGGACUGAGGCCAGAGAGCGUAAUGCAGAAGAGUCUUGCUUCUUUAGACGGCUCGGUGUUGACGGGAGAAUGGACCGUAGACGGACGGCCCGACAGCGUGAGCCGACCCGGCAUUUACCCAGUCUCCCGUUCGGAGCGCGGGAGCAGGAGAAAUGGACAGAUGGAUAUGAAAACCAGGCAAAAAGUGGAGGCCUACCUGAGAAACAGCCAGGCAUCUAUGGAUUCUGGACUUCACAGAGACCAGAGUCCUCCAUCUCUCUCUCUCAGCUCUGGGAUUGUGCGAGAUGGAGAGAUGGAAGGACUGACAGUUGAAGGGUGCAGACAGAGGGCGGACACAAUGGAGGAGGAGGAGGAGGAGACUGACGGUGCUUUGAACCGGAAUCAGCUCAAAAAGGUCAUGAGCAGUCACUUCCAAAAUAGGAACGGCACCAUGGAACUUAAGCCCCGCCCCCAUGACAUUGUGCUCCACCCGAAGGGAUAUGUGAUCUAGUUACCCCUGUCACUACCUCCACCUGGGGGUAAAUUUGCCUCCUACAUGUCCAGAAAGCCUGCUUGUGAAGCCAGUAUGGGUUACCUUAGACCCCCCCGUUCUAGGGCUAAUUAGCGGCUUAAAUUUACUAAAUUU